AUGCUGAUCGCGCUCGCCCCGCCAGCCCUGCCCGGGCUCGCAGGUCAACCACCCUCGGCCCCCGCGCGGCGCCAGGACUCCUCCGGUUCGUCAGGCUCCUACCACACGGCUCCCGGUUCUCCAGAGCCCCCGGACGUUGGGCCGGACGCGGAGGGCCGGGCAAAUUGGCCCCGGGUGGCCCCUGCGCUGGGGGUGGGUGAGCAGCUUCGCCUGUCCAUCAGCGCCCAGAAUAGCCGCCAGCAGCUCCAGCCCGGCUCGGGUUUCCCGCGAGGCCCGGGCUCAGGCCCGCGGCCACCCCAGCCCCAGCUGCGCAUGCUGCCGUCGGGGGAGAUGGAAGUCAUCUUCGGCGCCGGGGCCCUGUUCGGCCCCUCUGACUCGGCGGACAGAGAGGUGCAGCAGCUCACGGCGCGGGCUCUCCACGGCCCCUCUCCGCCCGCAUCUCCCACCGCCGCCGCACCGCAGCCCCAGCCCCCCGACGGUGGCUCCCGCUGGGCCACCUACCUGGAGCUGUGGCCCCGCGGGCCGAGUCCUGCCACCCCAGCGCAGUUCGAAUGCGUGGAGGUGGCGCUGGAGGAGCGUGCCCUGCCCGCCAGGUCCCGGACGGUGCCCAAGCGUCAGAUCGAGCUGCGCCCCCGGCCCCGGAGUCCCCCGCGGGAGGGGGAGGCAGGCGCACAGCGCCCGCGCCCGCUCCUGCGCACCGGCUCCCUGGACGAGUCGCUGGGCCGCCUGCAGGCCGCCGCGGGUCUCGUGCAGACGGCUCUGGCCAGGAAACUGAGCCCCGCGGCCGCUGCCCCCGGCGGCGCCACCUUCAGGCCCGCGGAGCGGCCCGAGCCUGAGACCCGGACGCCGGCCCGCAGUACCCGAAAGGCCCCGGAGGAUGGCAGGGCUCGCCCGCCCCGCGUGCACUACGGUUCAGCCCCUGCCAGGGCCCCACGGCCCUGGCCCAGCCUUCGCGAACGCGCCAUUCGUCGCGACAAGCCCGCACCUGGGACUGAGCCACUGGGCCCGGUUAGUUCAAGCAUCUUCCUGCAGCCAGGGGAGAAGACCCAAGGAGCGCACAACCAGGAACUCAAAACCAGGUUCCCAGGAGAGACCCCGGAUGGAACCGUCCUGAGGCCUUUCGAGUCCAGGGGCCCUUGGGAAGUUCCGAGUAAGGCUGUGAGGCCACGGAGCCCGUCCCCGCGGAGGCAGGCUCCCAAUGGAACCCUGCAGAGUGCGCACUGCCUGCCCCCCCAGAACCUGUCCCCGCGGAAUCGGGCUACUCCGAGGGUGAGUAGUCCCCCCGCCCCCAAGGCAUCCUCCGCGUGGGGAAAGCAGGAUCCCGCCGUCGAGGAAACUGUCGGCAGAAGGAGCCCUUCCCCUCCGACCCUUCCCCAGUGGAAUCCGGGUGCUGCCAGGGCAAGGAGCCCGUCCCCUGGAGCUCCUUCACCGUGGGAGGUUCAGCACCCCACAAUCGGGGCUACCGCAGAGGGGAACAGGAGCCCGUCCCCGCCGGCCGUGUCCUCGUGGGAGGCUCCAGAUCGUCCUCCUGGGCCGUGGAGUCCAUCGCCCCAAGAGAGGUGGGGUCCCAAAAUGCAGGGUUCCUCGAUAGUCUCUCCGCAGGGAGCUCUGAAUGGCGAAGUCCAGGGGGAGCUGGCGCCGCCUACACCAUCCGCACCCAGGACUCCAGAGCUCCCCGAGGCUCCGAGUCCCUCCACACGGGACGGGACGGAUCUUGCCUUCCGAGACAGUCAGCCGUUGCCAGAGGUGGCUGCCCCCGCGCCGCCCCUCGGUCGCCUCACGGGCACCACGGAUGCGGAUGCGCCCCCAGAAGCCUUGGGCCCUGGGCCAGCGGCCUCCGGACGCCCGCGCGUGGCUAUCCCGCGGCCCCGGGACCUGCGCAAGAUGGUGAAGACCACCUACGCGCCGAGCUUCGCGGCGGGAGCCCCCGGCUCAGGGCUGCCCGCGCCUCCUGCGGGUCCCGCGGAUCCCCGCCCGGAGGAGGGUGGUGCAUCCCAGACGCCAGAGCCCCAAGUGCUGGGGACCGCCGCCCCGGCUCACUACACGUCCGUUUAUCUCAAGGACUUUCUGCCGGUCGUGCCACACCCCUACGAGCCUCCAGAGCCACCCCCCAGCACACACCCUCGGGGCGCUCCGCAGCCCAACGGGGGCCUGCGGCGGAGGGCCGAGAACAGCACGGCAAAACCCUUUGCGCGCACCGAGAUCCGCCUGCCGGGUGCCUUGGCCUCGGGCCACGGACUGAAGGAAACCCGGGGGGCCCUGGUGCGCGGUCCUGGAGAAGAGAACCGAGUUAGGGAGGCCCAGCGCCUCGUCUCCGACGGCGAGGGUCCGAUCGGCCCUUUCGAUGGAGCUCUCUCCUUACCCCAGCCGUCGUCCGUGGGGCCAGCAGGGGCCCACCCAUGCGGACCAUCCCGCCCCAGCUCCCCGCAGGCGCACCCUAGCUCGAGCCCUGGGAGAGCACCCCAAUUGGAGACUCCUCCUUCCGUCCCCGAGCCAGCCACUGCGGCCCAGUCGCCCCACCCGCGGGAGCCCCAGGCAUUGGCGGGCAGGAUGGCCCCGCCCCAGCCCCGCGCAGCCUCGGCGCCUCCUAUGGACCGGUCCCUGGAAGGCCCCUCCCCGGGGGCACGCAGGCCGCCCGGGGCCGCGAACCCCGGGAAGGUCCUGGUGGACCCCGAGAGCGGCCGCUACUACUUUGUGGAGGCGCCGCGGCAGCCUCGGCUCCGGCUGCUCUUUGACCCCGAGAGCGGGCAGUACGUGGAGGUGUUUUUGCCGCCCUCGCCCCCGGGGCCACCCCGACGCAUCUGCACCCCGCUGGCCCUGAAUCCCGGCCUUUACCCGCCCGCUUACGGGCCUCUCACUGGCCUCUCACUGCCACCAUCCCCAGGCCCGCCGGCCUACAGCGGCGCCCAGCUACCCUGGGCUUCCGAGGCGGGGCCCCUGGAGAGGAUGUACUACCUGCCAGUGAGUGGGACCCCCAGCCCCGCACCUCCUCUGCUUCUCUGCGCUCCUCCCACCAGCUUGGGUCCCGCCCAGGCUGGCAAGAGCUCCUUGUUCCCUGUGUGAGGCCCUAGGGCCCUGAUCCCCAUGGUGUUGGGGCCUGUCGAUGGCUUUUAAGGUUCAGGCAUCCAGUCCCCUGCCCCUUUCUUUCACCUUUUUUACCCAUCUCAUCUAGUCCUGAGACCGGAAAUUAUCUUCAGAGAAUGUAUCUGAGACCCCGGGGGCUGAUGGAACUGGAUCUCAGGAAGUGACUGCCUUCCUUCUACAACAUUUUACACCCCUUUCCCAAGCAUUCCCAUGAUGUGGUGUGUUUGUGUGUGUAUGUGUGUGUAAACGUGAGGAGUCUCAGGAUUUGUCCCCAGGAACUGACCUGAAGGGUUGUUGGGGUUCCCUAGGAGCAGCAGGGGACCGGGCUGCCCCCAGAGGUAGUUGCUGUCUGCCCCUCCCUGAAAGGUGGGCCCAGGUGAGGUGGAGCCGGCUAGUGAGCACCAGUGGGAUGGAGGGAGGACUCUGGCUGUCAAAUCUGUUAUUCUUUGGAAGAGGAUCUAAGCCUUGGCCUGGGAGGCUGUGGUGGCAAGUAGCUAGUGCAGCCAGGCCAGGCUGUGUCUGAGAAAGGGAGCUGUGGGGACAAGCAGGUGAAGAAGAAGCAGGGAAGUAAUAUAGGAGGGGCUGUGGAGGGUCAGCCUGGGAUAUGGGGGGUACUUGGAGGGAGGUGGGGAAGUGACUGUAGUCCCUACCUGGGAGCUCUGUCCUUUAUUCUCCUUUCAACCCUAGCCUCUGACUUGGCUUCUCUAAGCCCUCAGAGCUAACCUGGCUCUUCCUGGGGCCAGGAAUGGGGGCUUCAGUCAUUCCCAUCCUGGGUAGGGAGCAGAGUCAUCAGGAAGGACUUACAAGCAGGGAGAAUGGUUAAGCUAUUGUCCCAGAGGAGCCUCUUGACCCCUCUGGGUGGGGUAGAGGGUUGGUUAGGGCUGGCAGUAGAAAGGAUGCCUCCGUGUGGGGCAGGCCAGAGAAACUUGGACCCCUCAGCUGGUUUUACUCUCCCAGUAACAGAUGUGGCAACCAUGACCAGCAAGCUGCUGGCUGUGCAGGCUGGUCACAGCAUAGUAAGGGACAGGACCAGAGCAUGUGUUCCAAUUGCCUGAAGAUUCCCAGAGCCUCUGAGGAGGGCGGAGGAAGAUGCAUGGAGUGAGUGGGAGGUGCUUUGCAUGGGUUCUGUGUGAAGUUCUAAGCUUGAAGUGCCUGGGCCUUGCUGGACAAGUAUGUGAUAUGAUGAGUUUGGGGAAGAAGAGUGGCCAUUAGAAGCAGCGUUAGGGAUGGAGAUGGAUGCCGUCCUUAAGUUCCAUGCCCCUGGGGGCCUGGGUCCUUUGGAGUCCCUACCCCCCUGCCUUGAACUAGAAGUUGACUGGGAGAACUAUGAGCCAGAUAAACCUGGACAUCUUUUUAUAGUUGGAGAUGCUGUUUCCAAUAACAUGGAGGGCCCUGGGCUUGUCACCUCAUCCUGCUGGACGAUGAGGAGAAGUAUUCAGCUCAUAUGCCUGCCCACCUUCGCUGUGAUGCCUGCAG